AGGCUCGAGUCGUCAGCGUGCGGCCAUGGGCCGGAGGAGAGCGCCGGGUGGUGGGUCUCUGGGCCGGGUGCUUCUCCGCCAUCAGACUCAGCGAAGCCGCAGCAACCGUCACACUGAUUCCUGGUUGCACACGAGUGAACUCAAUGACGGCUAUGACUGGGGUCGUCUUAAUCUUCAGUCAGUGACAGAACAGAGCUCCCUCGAGGACUUCCUCGCAACGGCAGAGCUUGCAGGGACCGAGUUCGUAGCUGAGAAGCUUAAUAUUAAGUUUGUGCUCCCUGAGGCUAGAACUGGACUGCUGUCUUCUGAGGAGAGCCAGAGAAUUAAGAAACUCCAUGAAGAAAACAAGCAGUUCUUGUGUAUACCAAGGAGACCAAAAUGGGACAAAAAAACUAGCCCAGAAGACCUGAAACAGGCAGAGAAGGAUAACUUCCUAACAUGGAGACGCCAGCUUGUCCGGCUAGAAGAGGAACAAAAGUUGAUAUUGACUCCCUUUGAACGAAAUUUGGACUUUUGGCGCCAGCUCUGGAGGGUCAUUGAGAGAAGUGAUAUUGUGGUCCAGAUAGUAGAUGCUCGAAACCCGCUCCUGUUUAGAUGUGAGGAUUUGGAAUGCUACGUGAAAGAAAUAGAUGCUGCCAAGGAGAACGUGAUUCUGAUAAACAAGGCAGACUUGUUGACAGCUGAGCAGCGUUUGGCCUGGGCCACGCACUUUGAAAAAGAAGGUGUGAAGGUUAUUUUCUGGUCAGCUUUGGCAGAAACUGUUCACCUAAAUGGUGAUUCGAAGGACCAAGUAAACAGUCCUGAGUCUGAGUCUGAACACUCCAGUUUGGGUGACGAUGAAAUUGCACACAGAGAUUUGCUCUCUCUCAGUGAGGGGUCUGAAAGUGACGAAGGUGACAGUGAGUAUGAGGACUGCCAGCAGGAGGAGGAGGAGGAAGAUUGGCAGACGUGUUCGGAAGAAGACAGCACCCCUGAGGAGGAGGACUGUGACCAGGACUGCAAGGAACACUGUACCACAAAUCCUGAGACUCAGAACAGAAAAAAAACAGAAAAUGAGCAAGUGAACAAUUGUAGCCACCUGGUGUCGAAGCAGGAAUUCCUGGAGCUCUUGAAGAAGCUGCACACUGGAAAGAGGGUGAAAGAUGGACAAGUGACUGUUGGGCUGGUGGGCUACCCUAAUGUUGGUAAGAGCUCAACCAUCAACACCAUCAUGGGCAACAAGAAAGUGUCCGUGUCUGCCACUCCAGGCCACACGAAGCACUUCCAGACCCUGUACGUGGAGCCUGGCCUCUGCCUGUGUGACUGCCCGGGCCUGGUGAUGCCAUCCUUCGUGUCCACCAAAGCGGAGAUGAUCUGCAAUGGGAUCCUCCCGAUUGACCAGAUGAGAGAUCACAUCCCACCCGUGUCACUGAUAUCCUUUCUCAUAUCCCCACGGCGAGUUUUGGAAGCUACCUAUGGUAUUAACAUUAUAAAGCCUAGAGAAGAUGAAGACCCCUACCGACCUCCCACCUCAGAAGAGCUGCUGACGGCUUAUGGGUGCAUGCGAGGAUUCAUGACAGCACACGGACAACCUGACCAACCUCGAUCCGCACGUUACAUCCUAAAGGACUACGUCAAGGGUAAACUUUUGUACUGCCACUCUCCUCCUGGAAGAGACCCCGUUUCGUUCCAGCACCAACACCAGCAACUUCUAGAGAACAAAACAAAAGGUGAAGAAGUGAGACUACAGCCAGGCAGAACCCAAAAGGCCAAACAGAUUGAAAAUGUGGUCGACAAAAUUUUUUUCCAUCAGGAGAAUGUCAGAGCACUGACCAAAGGGGUCCAGGCUGUGAUGGGGUACAAGCCUGGCAGUGGCCUGGUGACUGUGGCUGCUGGGAGCUCUGAGAAUGUGGCCGGGAAGCCCUGGAAAAAACAUGGCAACAGAAAUAAAAAAGAGAAGAGUCGGAGGCUCUACAAGCACCUGGAUAUGUGAACUUGCUCGAUAGCAAUGGCAGCUGCGCUGUGCAGGUGGACAAGAACUAAAGCCGCUGGGGCCUGUGGCGCUCUCCAGACACUGGCAUGCUGCAGUGGACCUUGCUCCUGUGGAGCA